AUGGGUGGUCUUAAAAAGACCAUCCCAAAGAGGGAUGCCGAUGCGCCCAGACACGAGGGAUGGCCCGCCCACACUGUGGUUUCCCUGAAAGAAGCGCUGCUGCCGCACCGUCGUCGAUGUCGCCACCAUGUCUGCGCCGUCCCUGUCCUCCGUCUCCUCCACCCGCCAAUUCGAGUUACUCCACAUCUCUCGCCCACGCUUGUCACUCCCCCGUGCUGUGAAGUUGUUUGCUUCACUGCAAAUGUUGGUCAGGUUAUACAUUAUGAAUAUCCGAAAUUUUCUGAGACUUUUGCUCACCGCACUGGGCGGACAGGUCAGGCUGGGAAGAAAGGUAGUGCAAUUCUUAUCCAUUCAUCUCACCAAUAUAGGGAUGUUAAGGGUGUUGGACGUGAAGUUGGAUGCAGAUUUAUAGAGGAGUGUCGAGGCUUGAACCUGCACUUCUGCAUUGACAGCGGCGCGAAGGAAUUUCCUGAAUAUGACAUUGGUUCUUGUUCAGGCCAAAACAACAAAGAAGAUUGUGCUGAGGUUGCAAUGCCAGGCUUGCAAACAUGUUUCCCAAUCCCCUAUCAAGAGAUAGAUGCAAGCAUUUUGAGAUCGGUGGCAACAAGAAGGGCAAAGGAACUUCCUUGUUCUAAAUGCCCAGUAUUGAAAUUAAAUUCGUACCUCGGUUGCUUAGAAUUUGUCAGGCUUAUGCUGCUGCCUUAGACAUUUUGAGCUCAACUUUGUGUUCUUGAUACUUUUGAUUUAUAUUGACACAUAAUAUACGUUUCACAA